CUGGGCGGCGGGGAGGCCGCGCGAGAGCAGCGCGUGGCGGGCGUUUCGAGCCGUUGGCGCCCUAACGGCCGGCGGCCCCGCCCCCCUCCGCGCGGGGCUCGGGCCCGGCUCCCUCUCCCUGGGGCGGGGACGCUGCCGACGCGCUUCCUCGGUCUUCCCGCCAUUUUCUGCGUCUUUCCCCCUCCCCUUCGAGCAGUGGCUGAGGCAGAGCGCUGUGACUCUUUUUGUUAAAAUACAGAAUAUUCAUUUAAAAUGACAAAAAAAUUACAACUGGAAUAAUACCCCAGAUUUUUUCAUGUAUUUGGAUCUUUUCUGCUUACAAAAAAUAUUUUAACCAUGAGCUGUGGAAAUGAUUUUGUGGAAACUCUUAAGAAAAUUGGAUAUCCAAAAGUUGAUGAGCUUAAUGGAGAAGAUUUUGAUUGGCUGUUUGAGUCUUUGGAAGACAAUUCAUUUCUGGAGUGGUUUUGUGGAAAUGUAAAUGAACAGCAUGUGGUAUCUGAAAAAGAACUGCAAGAUUUUGAUAAUCUUCUUCAGUCUGGUAAGCCCAUUUUGGAAGGAAAUGCACUGGAUGAAGUCCUUAAAACCUUGAAGCCCAUGGAUUCAAAGAACAGUAGCCAAGAGGAGAAGGAGGAACUGAAGAAAUUAGAGGAUGAGCUUCAAACUCUUCAGAAGUUAAAAAAACUUCAAAUUCAUCGGCAUAAUAAGCUUCAAAUGAUGGUUUCUGCAAACAGCCAUAUGUUACAAACAUUAAAAAGCAGAGAGGAAGGAGCACAUAAAGAUUUGAAAGAAGGACUGGAAGUGUUUACUGCAGCAAACACUAAGCUUAAUAAUGAACUGCUGUCUCUUACGGAUGCAGCUAAGAAAUUGGCCUCUUUCUUCACUGCUUCAGAUUCAGAACAAGGGCCAGACCUACAUCCAGUGUUUUUUUCCCAACUUUCUUUGGACAAGUAUUUGUCUCAGGAAGAACAAAGCACUGCAGCACUUACCUCAUACAUAAAACAUUUUUAUCAAGGUAUGUCUGAAUGGGUUGAAAAUUCACAUGAAGGCAGCUUUCAGCUUGCAGAUAUAAGCAAGGAAGUUGCUUGUGACAAGACUAAUGAAGUUUGCGAAGAUAGUCGAGAGAUGGCCAGGCUCCAGACAGCAUAUAUUUGUGCUCAACAUCAGCUAAUUCAGAUGCAAGCUAAAGAGGAGAGCGUGAAUUCGGCUAUAAAAUGUGCGGAGAGCAUGCUGCAGUCCUUAGACAUCAAGGAUAUUGGAAAACAAGAAAACCUCGAUGCUAAAAUAUCUAGUUUAAAUUAUGAAAUUUCAACAAUUAAACAAGAUAUAACUCAGAUAAACAAUGAAGAGCUCCUUCCCCUUCUGAAAGAGAAUGCACGACUUUUGAGUGCGCCAGUGGUGAAAGCGUACCUGGAUCAUCAGAUUGCUCAGCAGGACCAUUAUGCUUCAAGACAAGAUGAAAUAUGCAGGCAUUUGGUAAGGCAGAAAGCAUCAUUUGAACUUAUUGAGCUAGCCCAUGAAAUGGAGUUGAAGAAACAUAAGGAGAUCUGCUGUCGACUUGAGAAUUUGGUAGAAUCUCUGAAACAGAGCAAUAAUGAGUUGCAACAGAGACUACAGGUGAUAACUGAGCGAACUCAACAUGCGAAGCCAAGAAACAUUAUUAGUUCAAAAGAUGGUUUCUCUUGCAGGCUAUAUCAGCUUCUGGAAGGAGAAAAUAAAAAACAACAAUUGUUUAAAACAUACGAAAGCCUGGAGCAGAUGGCUCAGAAGUUAAAGCAGGACUGUGCUACAGUACAAGAUCAAAUAGCAGCAUCUUCUCAAGAACAGUCUCUCCUUUUGUCCAAGCUAAAAAGUGAUGUAGAUAGCCUUCAUGAUGUUCUGUAUUGUGGAGGAACUCAAAUGCAGCUCAGUAGUCGGGAACUUACUGAGCAGUUUCAUCAACUGGAAGUUGAUUUAAAUAAACUAAAUCAACUCCUUAUGGAUUUGAUUGCUGAUGUGAAGUCAAAGAGAAACUUUUUAGAGUCCAAUAAGCUGCAUCAGAUGGAAAGAAACUUGUAUGUGUAUUUUUUCAAAGAUGAAGACCGCUUGAAAGAGAUGGUGGAAGAGCUUGAGCAGCAGUCUGAAGCUAAAGCUAGUGGUCUGGAAGAUUCGAAUUUCACCACCAGUGGAGUUCUUAAUGUUUAAACUUCAGUGUACUUUUAAGAAAGGAAAGCAUGUUAAUGUAAACUGUCUACAGGUUUAUGGAAUGAUAAGUAUUAGCUUAUCAAGGCUAACAUUUAUCUAUCAUUGCAAUGUUAUAUUUAGCUGCCACGAUUACCAAGUUUGGAUUGUAUGCUGUUUUAUGGCUUUUGGCGUCUGCCCGGCAAGUUCAAAUCUCAGUUUUGUCAAAGUUCUUUGAUAUGAAGUGAUAUGUUGGUUAUUUGAAUGAAUUACGUUCAGGCUGCUCUUCUGCUAGCCCGUAUGUUGAUUUCCACUGCACACAGCAUAGCACGAAAAGGAACAUUUCCUACCCUUGAGAUAAGUUUUCUUGCAUGCUAAGAACCUUUGAUACGUGAACUGAAAAAUAAAUGUGGAGAAGGCAUUCCAGAUUUUGGAACAUGAAUGUAAUGUGUUCCUUCUGAAGAGGAGAGUUCUCCAAGGCAGAUAUUCCGUGAUUGUUUCCCUUAGAGUUCUCCAAAGAAGAUUUGGUUUUGUUAAAAAUGUGUUGGAAUAUGUACCAGAAUCUGUCUCAAGUACGAAGACCAUCUGUUUUAAGACCAUUCUGGUAUCUCUUAAUUUAACUUACAGCCUAUCUUCUCUGUUGAAACCAGUCUAUACUUACACUGCGCUCUUCAAAGAAAAAGAAUUUUAAAUUUACUGUUUGGACUUCUGAGUUUGCUCUAUAAUUUAUAAUGAUAGGCAUUUCAAUUCAGAGUCCUGAUGCUUUCAUACUUCUGCUUUCAUAUCUAUUGUUAGACAGUUUAUCAAAUUUUUAUAUAGCUUCCUAAUGCACCAAUGGAACUAAAUAGGCUUUUAUAGUAUGAUAACGUCCAGUCUUUUAUAUUUUGAUGGGAUCAUCUGUGCUUCCUUUCAAGCAUUGUACAUAUUGAUGAAGGUUAAUAAAUUAGCUUUAACUUCAGUAACAGUAGUGUUAAAACUUUUAAUGGCAGACUUUUAACUGAUGUGAGUAUAACUUAUUUUUAAAUGUUUAAAUUUUUUUUAACUUACUGGUUGGAUGUCUUUAUAUCUGGAUUUCAUGCUGCUUAACUCUAUACUUUGUGUUUAUUAUUAAAUGCCAAACACUGUAAAUUCAGUUCAGUGUUGUCAGUAUUUAUGGUGAAUCUGUGUGUUGGUUUUGGGUGUAUUCUCAUGCAUAGUGUCUUGUUUAUAUUUAGUCUGCUAGGUUCUCAUUUUGAUAUGCCCCUGAGGCUUUAAGGCUGCUUCUUCCCACCUUGAGAAGUCAGGGAGUGUUUUUGCCCUGUGUAGGAAAGAAGUGUUAAUCUUAAUUAUAAAAGUUAGGAGGAGUUGUGCAUGGAGAAAGAUUAUACUUCUGACUCCUGGAAUAUCAGGGAGAAGAAAGCCAUUCUGCCUCUCUCUCCCUUUUGCAUGCUUACUAUAGAAUUUGAGCUAGAUAGGUAUAGCCAAUACUAAUGCAGCCUGAUGGAUGUUCCUCUUUGAAUCUGGACAAAAAUUUUUGUACUUGUAAGUAUUCAAACUUGCAAUCUGGCUAUGGUCUUGAGCUAAGAAAAAUAUUUCCAUCUAAGCGGAGGAAAUGAGUUUAACCAUCAAGCAAACAAUGACUUGAAAGUCUACUCGUGCACUGGAUUUAGUGGAAGAAGACCAGAGUAACAGGACUCCAGUUAUUACCUUACAUAGGAAUAAUUUACUUAACACCAGUUUUUGAUAGAGCAAUUGACUUGUACAGCUUGAAUCCUUUUAAGUGUUUUGAAAAUGUUGGUUAUUUAUCUUGUGUUUGUGGUAAGUUUUAUGCAUUGUUCUGGUCUCACAACAUAAAGUCAACAAAGGCAUCAGUAUGGACACUGUUGUUUAUAAUUCUCCCAUAUGCAUUGUAUCUAGGGGUUCCCCAAGUAUUUUGUACGUAUUAUAGAAUAUGGCUACAGGUCAACUGGAAAAGCAUCUGCUUUUCAAAAAAGGAUAAAAUUUAGAACAGCAAUAGGUGCAGUCAAAGCUUGUUGAGACUUUAGAUGUUGCUGACCUGUUUCUUAAAUUGACAAACUAUACUAACUAUUUUAAUGUUAUUAGUAUUUAAUAGUACUUGAGUACAUCAAUUAUACAAAGUUUAAGGAGUAAAGGUCUUUUAUGAUAUGUAUUUUCUGAAACAGCACAUCACUAAUGUUUGUAUAUCAUGAUAGUAAUACUUGUUUCUUUCAUCUUUUGUUGGCACUAUUUUGGUAGUUACUUGAAAGGGUUUUUUCUUGAUAAAAUCUGAGCACCAAUAACAGUAAAUGUAUGCAUAUGCUAGAUAUAGCCUAGUUUAAAGAUGUUGAGGGAGGGAGUAUUUCAGACAUAAAGGAUAAUUCUUGUUUUAUUUGUCAGAUUUUUUAUUAGAAGUCAGCUUUACUUAGUAGGACUGCUUAAUUUUUUAUUAGUGUAUUAAAACGCUAUUUCAAAGAAGUUUCACUUAGUGGGUUUUGUAAAUUACUACAAUUCGCUAAUUUUUAUUUACAAUACUUUGAUAGGCAUGUCAGGAAGGAAAUGUAAUUUUCUGUCCAGAAUGAAUGGCUCAACAUGUUCACUAUAUUUUGUCUUUAAUUUCAACAGAAUCUAAGUGCCGAUUGUUCUGUGGCUCUGAUAUGCACAAUUCGUGUGUGUUCUUUGUUUAGGUUUAAUCUUAAAAAUGGAACGGUACACACCAUACAUAGGAUGUGAGGCUUCUAAAGUACCUUUAUCUGAUAUCGCUCAAAGGAUUAUGACAGCUUUGCAGUCUAUUCCUGUAGAAGUUCAGACUAGCAGAAAGAAUUACCAGAGUGAGUAAAUCUUAGCAUAUUUAAGUGUUUCUAUUUUCAGUUGAAAAACUGAAACCCAAACAAACAAAGCAAUAUCAAACCUCUAGUCCUUCUUUAAAAAGAAAAAAAAGAUGAGAGUUUAGGUUUCCAGGUUUAGAAAAGGAAUUAAGCUGUAACUCUGACAUUUGCUGGGACUUUUCAGAUUAAAUAACGCUAUGUGAGUGCAAGGAACUAGGAUAUUACCAGUACCCUCAAUUUCAUUGCGUUUUUUUUUUUUAAUUUCCUGUUCCUGCUGUGUAGUAUAGAAGUAGAUGAGAAUUUCGAACUAAUUAACUAAUACUGUAAAUUAAAUGUAUAUGUUAACUUGACUCUGGACUGGUUAUUUAAAGAUCACUAGAGGUACUGGGAAUUUGCCAGAAGGCCUGUGAACUCUCCAGACUCAAGUCUGUCCUUUAAACACAUGUUCAUUAGCAACUCACUCCUUGUGAAAUUCUAGGGGGAAAAGUGAAAAGUCCCAGUGGUAGAGCAAAUUAGGUAAUGUUAAAAGUGCCUCAGCAGAUCUUUGACUGUUGAGCAAAUCUUAACUCAGAAUGUUGUGGAUACCAGGGAGGUUUUGCAAGAUGGAAUUUUUAUUAUUAAUUCUGUGCAUUUCAUAGUUUGCCAGUCUUGUAGCUCUGUAAAGAAGCAGAUAAUGGAGUUUUGCUCAAUUUCAGUUGUCUGUUUUUUCCCUGAGAACUAGAUCCUGGAACAUUAUCUGGUUGAUGCGAUUGAAAUCUAGCAUUUGUUCUUGUGUGCAUGGUGUUUGUUGCAGCCUCAGUUUUAUGUAAAUAACAGUUCAGGCUCUUCUUUCAGUAGUAACGUAUUGGAUCAAUGGAGCCUUAUGGUGUAGCCGUGAAAAGGGUAGUAGUUGAUUGCUGUGUAAAUCAGUGAUUCACAUUUGAAGAAAUACAGGAUGGGUUCAUUCUAAAAUGGUACAUUUGGACCAAACCCCAGAUUAUUUUAAAUAAAAUCAGAUCUCUUUUCUGCCUCAGUUUAAUUGCCAUUCUACUUCUCUUGCUACCUUGUCAUUUUCCCUUCCUUAAUUUUCCUGUGUAAUGUCUUUUGUCUUAGACUGGGGAACUCUGUACUGUGCAAUAUAUGUAUCAUGUUAUGUUGUCCACUCUUGAUCCAUUCACUCUCUGUCAAGCUGUAAAAUUACAGAUUCUCUUUUUUUUAAAAACACCAUGAAGUUACCUGGUAUCUUUAGCCAAAUGACCUUGCUGUCAUCUUUGUAGUGCUGCUAAAUCCUUAUUCACUGGGGAGUGAAAGAGCAGUAUAAGCAUUAGUGGUGGCAGGUCACAUGACUCGCUUUUCUUGCUCUUGUUUUCCAUGUAGUAAUUACUUACAAUUGUUUCUAGUGUACAGGCUUAAGAACAAAUUUAUUUGAAUUGCUUUUAGGAAAUUGCUGGUAUAUAUAGCCUUAGCUGGUUAGGGUGGAUCUGCAGAGAAGAAAAAGUUUGCCUCCCUUAAAAAAAACAAACCCCAAACCUGCCAUGUUAGUCUGUUUCAAACUGUAUUGAACUUACUUUAGUGAUAGAACUCUAAAGAUUAAAUUGUACUUAAUGGAAAAACUGUUUGUCUUUAGAAGGUAAAUACUGGGUUCAAACAGGACAAAUAUCUGUGAUGUUGAACUAGUGGGUGAAAUUCUGUGGUUAUCCUGGCAGCAGAACUUGUAAUGGUUCUAUCUAGCCUUAAGGAGUUUGAAGGCAAGGAUGGGUUUCUACUGCCAUCUGGUGAUACUUUUUCAUAAACCAGCAAUUUGAGAUUGCAUAGCUCUUUACAUAGCUGUCAUACCGAAUACUGUGUGCUGAAGGAGAGAAAUGUAAUGCUCAUCAUCAUCUCUGAAGGGUGAAUUUGUCAAGAAAAAGUAUCUAUCUGUGAAACAAUUAAAAGCACUGAAUGUAAA